AUGCCGGCAGCUUUGGCUUCGGGCUAUUUGGUCAAGGAAGGUGCCAAAGUUCGCAACUGGAAGCGACGAUGGUUUACCCUUGAUCGACAUGGCGUGUUGCGGUACUUUCGGGAUGAGGCGGCCAGCAAGUCUUUGGGUACGCUGGACCUG